AUGUAGUGUUGUAGCGUAAGAUUCUCCAGUGUUAUUAUUGACUUACCGUAUUUGAGUGUGGGAUGAAAGGGAGGCUGUGCCCAAAGUACAAAUUUGAUCGUCCUGCUAUUUUCGUCCGUUAAGUGGUAUUCGCGCUUAGUUUAGUUAAGAGAUUUAUAUAAAAAUAAUAGAUAAUCAUUUCACAAUGCCGUCCCGAGAUUUUAUUGAAGAUCAAGAUUCGGCUGUCCAAUAUCUUUCCGCUGAAGAUUUACUUAAGCGGGUUCGAGACCCGAGUUCGCCGUUACUUUUACUGGACUGUAGGUGUUCAUCAGAUUUUGCUGCUGGUCACAUUAGGGGAGCCAUUAACUUGACACUGCCAGCGUCUUCAUUAAUGCUACGCCGGCUUGCCAAUGGAAAACUUAGUGUAGCCAGCCUAAUCCAAAACAGCGACUGCAAAGAUCAAUUUUUGAAACUUUGGAAAGAAGCAACUCUGGUUCUGUACGAUUCCGAUUCGGAGACCGAGUACGGCGGCAAUUCUAAUACAAGGGUAUUUGCAACAUUACUGCAACGUCUGAGACUAGAAGGAUGCAAUGUCGUUUGUUUGCAAGGUGGUUUCGAGAAUUUCAAGUCUCUCUAUCCAGAAUGGUGCGAGUCGGAAUCAUCAGAAGCUUCUCUUUUGGGCUUAAUGGCCCUCCGAAUCAGCUCAGUUAAUCCGGAGACUCGUCAGCUGGAUAGCGGUUUGGGUGACUGUUCUGUUGGAACUCCACCUUUCCCAGUAGAAAUUCUUCCCCAUCUUUACUUGGGUAACGCCAGUGAUUCGUGCGACUGGAACUCUCUUGAAAAAUAUGGAAUCCAUUAUGUGUUGAAUGUAACUCCCAAUCUCCCCAAUACAUUUGAGAAGACUGGCAUGGGCAUGAAGUAUAUGCAGAUUCCUAUCCAAGAUCACUGGUCUCAAAACCUGUCUUCUUUUUUUCCUCAGGCCAUAAAAUUUAUUGAUGAAGCCCGUAAAAGUAAACUUGGUGUAUUGGUGCAUUGCUUGGCUGGUAUAAGUCGAUCCGUUACCAUUACCUUAGCAUACCUGAUGCACGAAUUGAAUAUAUCACUGAAUGAAGCCUACGAUUUUGUUCAAAGACGUAAAGCCAACAUCUCGCCAAAUUUGAAUUUCCUCGGGCAACUUAAAGAUUUUGAGCGCCAACUGAACCUUAAUAAUUGCCAUUGUUCCAAUAAUCCCAACCCAUGCGAGCAUACUAAUUCAUCUGAAGGAUCCACUCCCGAUUCUGCUGUGCAGACUGAUAUGUGGACAUAAUCAGUCUAUUUUCAUUUUGUGAUUGUUAAUGCUUGUUCAACAUCUAUGCAUAUAUUAUUUUUGCAUGUCAGAGAUAUAAAUGAUUGUUAUGAUGAUGGUAAAUGGCUUGUAAUUUUUUUUGCAUUUCACAUUACUGUUUGUAUUGCAAUAUAAGCAAUAAUUUUUCAGAUUUCGCAUGUUUUUAAAAGCAUGUCUUCCUGAAUAAGAUUUUUUAUUUCUUUAAGGAACUGUAUUUUAUAUAGAUUUUACAGUUGGAGAGUUUUAAAUAUUAUAUUCUAAAGAAGAUUUACUGUUAUGAUUGUUACCUUUGUAGAUGUUAUGAAAUUGUGUUCUAGUCUUUUGCUGCCAUCUCAAAGUAUGCUUUUGAAAAAAGAAAAAAAAAAAAAAAAUUGAUUUGUCUGUAUUAAAAGCUCUAAAUUAAGAGCUUUCAGUGUUGUAACAAUGCCAUCGAACAUUAUAUUUGAAAUUUAAAUUUGUAUAGAGAAAUAUUUAUAAGUAUAUUGAAAACGAAUAUUCUGAAAGAAUAUUUUUGCAUUGUGUUGUAAUUGUAUUGAGUUUCUUUCAAUGAAAUGGACUAACAUUCCAUAUGGAUACUUUGAUAGUAUAACAAUGUUAUGAGAAUAGAAUUUUAAAUUAUAAAUUUG